AUGCUGAAAUAUUUCCUUACAUUUCUCCUUCUUUCAACAUCAAAUGUUUACGGAGAUGAUAUACAAACACGAAUCGUUGGGGGUCAAGAUGCAACAGAGGGUUUAGCGCCAUAUCAGGUAUCAAUGAGGGUUACAAAUUCACAAUUUAAGAACUUACAUUUCUGUGGUGGUGCCAUUAUUAACGAAAGGUGGAUUUUAACAGCUGCCCAUUGUAGGGUAGGCGUUGAUCCCCAAUACGUCACAGUUGUGGUUGGAACAAACCUGCUCUCUUCCGGAGGUGACUCAUACCCAGUUGAAUCUUUCGUUGGACAUGAAGACUUUGACACCAAAACAUUCUUUAACGAUAUUGCCCUGCUUAAGGUCUCGAAAGAUAUUCAAUUUAACGACAAGGUGCAGCCGAUCCAGAUGGCCACAAGCAAUACUCCUCCUGGUACUCAAUGUCUACUCACUGGAUGGGGAUUUACUGAUAGACAACGUACAAUUACGCCAGAUAAAUUGCAAAUGCUUAAGGCACCAACUAUUUCUAAGGAAAACUGUCAAAAGAGACUGAGAAGAGCACCAGGAUUUGUUAUCACUGAGAAGCAUAUUUGUACUUUGUUGAAACGCGGCAAGGGUAGUUGCCAGGGUGAUUCUGGUGGUCCUUUGGUUAAUGACCAAAAGUUAGUUGGUGUAACUUCCCGUGGUAUACCAUGUGCCCGCGGCUACCCGGACACUUUCACAAAUGUCGCCGCCUACCAAGAGUGGAUUAAAAGCAAAAUGGGAAAAUAA